AUGUUGCUCUCGAUAAUCCUGCCAUUGCUGGUGGUCUCGCAAUCAUAUCUUGCAGAUUGCGCGGACUUCGGUCAGCCUGCAGCCGAAAGCGCAUCCUAUGAGUAUGUGGUUGUUGGUGGAGGCACUUCCGGGGUGACAAUCGGUGCACGCCUAGCACAGCAAGGAUUUCAGGUGGCUGUGGUCGAGGCAGGAGGAUACUACGAGGUGAUGCGCCCAAUCACUUCGAUCCCAGGCGCAGCCAGUCUCGGGGCGGGUGCAGACGUCCGGACCGCGACGUCAAUCGACUGGAAAUUUGUGGCAAAUCGCGUCCCAGGUGCGGAUGGUCGUGAUAUCCAUUAUCCCAGAGGGAACUCGGCUGUUAACUUCAUGAUCUAUCAACGACCAUCCAGGGGUUCAAUGGCCAGAUGGGCCGACCUUGUUGAUGAUCCCAGCUACCUCUUUGAGAACGUGCUUCCCUUCUACAAGAAGACAAUCUCUUUCACGCCCCCCGAUGGGUACCGGUUCGGAAAUGCCACAGUGCCCUACAACCGCUCGUCCUACGAUAAAACUGGGCAGCCCGUUGAAGUGUCAUACCCCCGAUAUGCCAUGCCUUUUUCUACCUGGGUGUCUGGAGGCUUGCAAGCAAUCGGGAUCAAUGAGACGCAGGACUUCAACGGCGGCCAGGUGAUGGGCCACCAGUUUUGUGCAAUGACUAUUCGAGAGUUGGAUCAGACCAGAAGCAGUUCAGAGUCGGGGUUUCUACGGGGGUCGCUGGGCUACACCGCAUUGUCCGUUUACCAAACCACCUUGGCGAAGAAGAUCUUAUUCGACGCACAGAAACGAGCGAUUGGUGUUGAAGUUGAGCAGCACGGCCGGUUUACAUUGACAGCAACCAAAGAAGUGAUCGUGUCUGCCGGCGCCUUUCAAUCACCGCAGCUGUUGAUGGUGUCGGGCAUCGGGCCAGCCGCCACUCUCCAAGCCCAUGGCAUCAAUGUCAUCGCCGACCUGCCGGGCGUUGGCCAAAAUAUGUGGGACCAUACCUUCUUCGGGCCUUCUUAUCGAGUGGCCGUGGACACUUUCACCAAGCUCUCUGCCAGUCUAUGGUACUAUGGCUACCAAAUCACAACGUGGACGGCACUCCGAACGGGGGUUCUGACCAACCCGUCGGUAGACUAUCUUGGUUUUGAGAAGUUGCCACUGUCGUCUCGAACAGGCUUUUCUGCUGCAAAUGAGCAUGACCUGGCCUGGUUCCCUGCAGACUGGCCCGAGAUCGAGUACCUGGCAGGAUCUGCAUUCGUUGGGAAUUUCUCGGAUCCAUUUGCACAACAACCUCACGAUGGGUACGAGUAUGCCACCAUUAUAGCCAGUAUGGUAUCCCCAACAUCGCGCGGGAAUGUGACCAUUCGCUCCGCCGACACGGCGGAUCUACCAGUGAUCAAUCCUAACUGGCUGGCCACAGACACAGACCAGAAAGUCGCAGUUGCAGCCUACAAACGCACCCGUGCCGCAUUCCAGAGUAACGCCAUGGCACCCGUCACCAGUGGCCUUGAAUACUUCCCUGGACCCAGCGUUCAAACGGAUGCCGAGAUACUGGAAACUAUCAGGAAUACAGUCAUGACCAUCUACCACACUGCGUGUACUUGUAAAAUGGGGCUCGUGAACGACAGCAUGGCUGUUGUCGACAAUCAUGCCCGUGUGUUUGGGGUUCAGGGUCUGCGUGUCGUCGAUGCAAGUGCAUUUCCUAUUUUACCACCCGGCCAUCCUCAAUCGACGGUUUACAUGCUGGCUGAGAAGAUUGCUGCCGAUAUCGCAGCAUCUUGA